UUGAUCCCAAAGGACUUUGAUGGAAACCCCAGAGAUUAGUGAACAAGAUGAGAAGGAUCUGUCACAAAUGACACCCCACCAAACACAUGUCCAUACUGGAGAUUUAAGUGAUUGUUACGGAGACAAAAAGGGGGUUGACUUAAAGUUUGCAGGGACAAAACGUGACGGUGAGUCUUGUGACAAGUUGCGGCUGGAUGAUUUCCAGUUCCUGGCAGGUGAAGUGGAUGAGGGUGCUAUUUUUGACAAGUGGGGUCAUUCUCCCUCUCCCCAUCCCCCCACUGCCCAACCAGCCAACACAAAAGCCUCAGAUUUCCUCAGGAGAGAGAACAUUUCAAUUGACCACCACACACUGGACAGAGAGCUAAGGUUUCCACCCGUUGAGAGAUGGUCAUCCAGUGACAGCUGGGCUAGCGCACUUUCAGACUGGUUCCAGACAGUUAACACCUAUACAGAAGAUUGUUUCACGAGUACCAGCACUUCCAACACUGGCUCUGAGCUCAGUAUGGCAAUCCAAGACACCACUUUGGAGCAGAAGACAAGUCCAGAUAUUGCCAACAACACUGGACAGGCAUGUCUGUCCCUAAACCUCCAAGAACCAGAAGCAGGCGUAGUCCUGGGUAGAGGACUAGCUGAUAAGACUGAUAAGACUAAUGGAAAUCUUUUUAAAAGAGGAGAUAAAGACUGUCUUCCUUCUCAAUCAGACUCAGGCAGACAGGACAAUGCAACGAUGGAGAAAAAAGUGAAUUUGUCAGAGACUCUGGUUGAGUCUGAAUCUCUGAAUAAACCAGAGAUGAACACAGUUAUGGAUACUUUUAAUUCAACGCCUUUUGUGAGUACUGAAAAUCAGUUCAGUAUCAAACAAUAUGAGAGUCAGGACAUCUCUGGGGAGCUUUGGAGUGCAAAGACAGAGAGAAAUGCACUGUUGGAGGUGACGGGACACAGAGUGUCCCAACUCGGACUGGUUUUAGAGGACUAUCAUGAAAGCAACUUUGGUUCUCCAAAGAUCUCAGCUUACACCAGCAAUAACAAUCUAAAGACUGAGUGUGUGAGCGCUGAACGUUGUGGAUAUGUCAGGGAUUGCCACACAUGUCCCUCUCAAUUGAGGUCUCUUGAGGCAGGACACCUGAAGCAAACACAUGUUGUGAGGACAGAUGAGAAGUUGUUUGAGGGAAAUGGAUCAGAUUUGUGUUCUAACACUGAGGACUUUUCUGUGAAGCCAGGAGAGGGAAGCAGUACAAUUCCCCAGCUUGUUAUGCCAUUUGCCCCACUCGGUAUUGGAAGUACUUUCCUCCAUAAUAGUGUAUUGAAAGACGACGACCCAAAGGCUGACUUAGAUCUUCCUCUAAAAGGAAUUAUUAAUGAUCCUGAGAUAUCAUCAAUUGAGCAUGGUCAAAAAUCAAUCAGUAGUGACGAUUCUUCUGAAGACCAGUUUCACACCUGUCAAGACCAGUCUUUACCUUCAUCUUAUGGAGAUUCAGAUGAUCCUUCUAUUAAGGAUUCUAGGAGAAAAACGGAGAACAUUGAUACCUGUGACAUUAGUAAAGAACUUUCUAAGCUGCUUUUACUAACAGGAGAAUGUUUUAUGGUAUCGGAGAACAAACGUGUUGCAUAUGUCACUCUAGACUUGGAUGAACCCAGAGAUUUUACGUUGAGCCAGAGUUUGCUGUCCUUUUCAAACCACGCAAACAUGACUCACAAAACCUCAAAGGCUUCCUUGGAUGUUAAAACUCGCUCUAAACAUAAGGAGACAUCGGCUGACCAGCAGCAUGAGAAUCAAACAAAGAUCAAAGACAAUCUUUAUUUGCAAUCCCAAGUGAAAAGUGGAUUCAAUUCAGAAAAAGCAGGUUGUGAGGGCCGUGCUGUUACUGUCAUUGAAACCAUUGUCAUAACAGAGAAGAUCACUCCCAAAACCCAGGUGAAAAAGAAAAAGAAGCACACACAACAAGGGACAGCAAAACUUGAGAAUGAUCUACCAACUGAGGUAGGUAGCAGAACAGCUCAGGAGAGCGCAAAUGGAAAGACAGAGAACACUGAUGUAAAGCUAGCAUCGAAUGGUCUGAAUAAACCAGCAUCUCAUCUUCCCACUAGGAUUGAUCUUGCCAACACUGAUAGCAAACCGAAAGUCAUGCCAGUGAGACCCAAAGUUGCAGCCAGUCUAAAUAUUGUGGCCAAAACGGGCACUGUCGGCAUAGACACUAAUCAGAAUGCCAUCCCUGUAAAGCUCAAAGCAGACGCCAGUUGUAGUAAUGUAGCCAAGAUGGAAAAUAAGACAUGCGGCGCAGAUCCUCAAAGCACGCAUUUGCUGAUCGAUGACAUCAAACGCAGGCGAAUCGCAAACGAUCUAUCUGGAGCAGUUCCAAUAAAGACAAGACCACAGUUGCCUGCAAUUUUUCGCCAAGCAAGAAAAGAUGGUCAAGAUACCACAAAAAGGUCUUACAUUGAGGUUGUCAAGCAGAAGACUCCACCACCAAAAGAAGUUGUAGUUCCUCGUGUGAUCUCAGAGAUCCAGGCUGAUCCAGUUCCUGAUGACCCUCAGAAUAUCUCCCUCUGGUGCCGGGUCAGUCCAGUGCUACCUGAUGUCACCAUUAAGUGGACUAAAGAGGGAUCAGUGCUAUCAGAGAGCAGGAAAGGAGAGGGAGACAGUGACCGUUUCACACUGACCAUUAAAAAGGCCUGCAGUAAAGACCUGGGACUGUACAAAUGCAGCAUGACCACCUCUGACAUUUCUGUUUCUACCGCAGAGUACCACCUCACCUCUGAGGUGCUUAUGGAACUUGUCAUCCCAAGCCAUGAUCAACCAGCUGAGCCCAGGAUUGUGGAUGGGGAAGAAGAGAGUGUCCAAUGCAGUCCGCUUCUCUUCAAGGAAGAUUUUCUAUCGGAUCAGUACUUUGGAGAAAAUCAGACAGCUAGCAUUUUAACAGAGAAGGUCCACUUUGGUGAAGGCAUGCACCGCAAGGCAUUCAGGACCAUGCUUAGAGCAGGCAAGUUGCCACGCUUCAACCCUGGCCAUACUUGUGUCCUGAAAGUGCAUAAUGCAAUUGGCUAUGGGACCAAAAAUACUGAAGAACUUGUUCAUAAGAAUUACAGCCUGGCUGUAGAGGAAUGUCAUGUGCAGAACACUGCCAGGGAAUAUAUCAAGGCAUACAACAGCGUGGCUAAGACUGCGGAAUCAUUUGGAGAGGUUCCAGAGAUCAUCCCCAUUUAUUUAGUCCACCGGCCUUCCAAUGACAUCCCUUAUGCCACUCUGGAGGAGGAGCUGCUGGGUGACUUCGUGAAGUACUCUGUGAAGGAUGGAAAGGAGAUCAAUCUGAUGCGCAGAGACUCUGAGGCGGGUCAGAAAUGCUGUGCUUUCCAGCAUUGGGUCUACACUCAGACCGAAGGCAACCUGCUGGUCACUGAUAUGCAAGGUGUUGGUAUGAAACUGACAGAUGUUGGAAUAGCCACCUGUAAGAAAGGGUAUAAGGGAUUCAGAGGAAACUGUGCGACUUCCUUCAUUGAUCAGUUCAAAGCUCUGCAUCAGUGUAACAGGUACUGUGAGCUGCUGGGCUUGACAUCCCUGCAACCCAAACCGAAACGGACAUUUGUUUCCACGAAGCCAAAAGCACAACCUGUGCCCAAGAAAAAGACCUUUGGUCCUGUUCUGAAGGGCAAAUCCUGACUGGAUUGAAUCCUUGAACUUUUGCUUUUGGGAUAAAUAUUUCAUUAGGAAUAGCAGUUUUGUUUUGUCAAUGAAGUCUUGCUCAGGGGAAAUGUGUUUUGGGUUGUUUUAUCUUAAGAUGCUGAAAGAGAUGACAUUCAUCUGUAAGAAAGUUAUGGAGGUUCCUUCUAUGUUGAGAGUAUUUAGUUCUAUAUUAUUUAAAUUCGAUACAAUUUUAUGUUUGAGUGUUUGGAGGAGAGGACUUUGUCAUUUGUCAUAACCAGCCUUAAAUAUGAGAGAAUAUUGAAAUUUGCUUUAGGAAUUAUCAGCUGUUGUAAAACACUUUUGGUAUCACUUUACAACAAGGUUAUGUUUGUUAACGUUAAUCAGUGCAUUAAGAAUGCUGAAUUAACAAUGAAAAAUUAUUUUAUCAACAUUUAUUAAUCUUAGUUAAUGGUAAUUUAUCAAAAUACUACAAUUCAUUUUCUGUUCACGUUCAUAUUGCAUUCACUAAUGUUAAAGUGCACAAAUGUUAAUGUUAAAAAUGUUAAUGUUAUUCACUAUAAGGUUCUAUUUGGAAACAUAAUUAAAUGCUUUGGGUAUCACUAACUAACAAUGAACCAGGGGUGGAUAAUGACUAGCAAGCUCCCCGGGGGCAAUUAUCUUUUAGGGCCCCCUCGGUCCAAUUAUCUUUCAAAGUUGAGAUCCACGCAGUCAGUUUUCUUUGAUUUAAGUCUCUUUUAAUACCCGUUCUGUUAUUUACAAUCAGAUUAACUCAAACAUACAGCAUGUCAUGGUAAAGAAACUGCUCAACCGAAAAUGGUUUGCUGUUCUUAAAGAGACAGUAGCAUUUUUAACGUUUGUCAUACAUAAUGUAAACUCAAUGUAAAUACUUGUAAAAACGACAUAAUUACCGUAAUUUCCGGACUAUUGACCGCACCUGAAUAUAAGCCGCACCCACUGAUUUUUACAAAAAAUAUGAUUUUGAACAUAAAUAAGCCGCACCUGUCUAUAAGCCGCAGGUGCCUACCGGUACAUUGAAACAAAUGAACUUUACACAGGCUUUAAGGAAACACGGUGUGGCAGCGGGGGCGUGGUCGUGGUCAAGCGCCCGGGCGCUUACACCUGAGCUAAAUUAUGUCUAACACCGGUGUCUAAUUUCAGUAAGCAUGGGGAAAGCGGCAUAAAAAGGCAGCAGCCACAGAGCUGAGAGAGUGACACACGUCAGUCUAGUGUUGGCGCAUAGAAGAAUUGAGAAACUUUAUAAAAUUGAUUGUAAACAUUGCUGUGGCCAUUAAAAGUCUUACCUGGAACGUCAAGUGCCCUGCUGAAAACUGUCACACUGGUGCCCGUGUGACAGUUUUCCCAAGAAGGACACGUGAAGCAGGGCACUUGAAAUUAGACACCGGUGUUAGACAUAAUUUAGCGCAGGUGUAAGCGCCCUUACAGCUUUUCUCUCCUGGACGGGCGCUUGACCACGCCCCCGCUGCCACACACGGCUUGUAAUAAAACCUUUGCAGUAAACAGUAGCCUACCAAGAAAGUCAUUGGUCACUAUCUUCCUCGUCCUGUACACUGAAACCACUGAAGUCAUCUCCUUCGGUGUCGGAGUUGAAUAGCCUCAGAUUUAGUUGUCUUUUUGCACUGAGUCAAUUCCUCACGCUGCUGUUUCCAACGUCUUAUCAUCGACUCAUUAAGACCAAGCUCCCGUGCAGCAGCUCUAUUUCCUUCUCCAACAGCCAGAUCAAUCGCCUUCAACUUGAAAGCAGCAUCAUAUGCGUUUCUCCAUGUCUUUGCCAUGGUGAGGGUGACAAAAUUACUACCGUAAUCAGAAUGAUGGGAAGUUUGAGCGCGCUCGAUUUAAUCUAAACAGUAGGCUAAACAAAAAAUAAUUGUUUGACCUUAACCCGUUCGGCAAUUUCAUUGGUCUAAUGAAAGCUUCACGCCGCCAAAAAACUGAGCACGUAACAGAAUGUUUUUUUUUUUUUUUUUUGAAAGCGGGAAAAAUCCAUAUAUUAGCCGCGUCAUUGUAUAAGCCGCGAGGUUCAAAGCGUGGGAAAAAAGUUGCGGCUUAUACUCCGGAAAUUACGGUAUGCAACAAAAUGUGUAAUAAAUGUGUAAACAUGCAUAUAUUUAAAGGUGCAAUAAUAGGUUAUGACAUAUUUUAACUUCAUCAAACACUUUAAAUAUAAAGUAAAUGUAACAAAUAGACUCCUACAGCAUGUACAUAUAGGUUUGGUGAAACUUGGCAAAGAGUUCAAACAGUUCUUGCUUGUGCUGCUAUAUCUUUUCUAACUCAUCUGAAUGCUGGGGUGCGUUCCAUUCAGAAGUGAUCAUCUCUACACCCUAUUUCCUUUAAAGGCUUUACCCUUCAAAGGGCUGAAAGGUGUGGGGCUCAAAAAUAGCGAUCAUUUGGUAAUUGUAUUGUAAAUUCUGUUUGCAAUAACCCUAGAGCUUGGCUACCAUUAUUAUUCUCCCAUCGUAAAGGCAUCAUGUA